AUGGCCGUCAAUACGAUCGAAAGGUUUCAUGUUACGAUUCCACUGUCAAUACAGUUUGAAUCCAAUGCGCAGGGCGUCCAUGUCGUGGGUGUGUCCAUGCCAGAUGAGCGCGUUUCUAUCACGGGCAUCGACGACGGUCCGCCGUCGACUGCACAGAUAAAUUUCGAGCCCGAUGACAAAGUAUGGCCGGAGGGAUUGCAGGACCUAGGCCUCAUUGCCGCAAAUGAGUCUCUUGCCUGUCCGGACUUUUCUCAUAUAGAGUACUUCACACUUCAUGAGAAUCCCCUUAUCAUCUAUAUCCCCAACUUUGUUUCUCCUGAUGAGAUUGCGCACUUGUUGGAAACUACGUACGAUCAAAUCCUCUCCGAAACUGAGCCAUCGAGGAAAGAAACCUUCACUCCAUCUGUGGUCUACCGACAGGGAGUAAGUAGCAACGACGAAAAUUUCCGAAAAUCCGAGAACGCAUGGCCUCCACGGGACGAGAUUUUGCAAUGCAUCGAACAAAGGGCAGUCCGGUACCAGAACUUAGACUCAAAGCUGCUCAUGGAACAGUUGUCUCUCCAACUUUACCGCGAGAAUGGGUUCUUUUCUUAUCACCACGACCAGUUCGACUCGCCGCCCAAUCGCCUCAAUCGCUAUUCAACUUACAAUGUCUUCUUAAAAGGCGACUGUACUGGUGGUGGCACUCAUUUCCCUUUGAUUCCUCGACCAACGGAAAGUGCCUGGUGCAACUACAUUGACUGUGAAUCGACGGAACCAGGAGUCAUUUUCAAGCCAAUUGCUGGCAGCGCUGUUUACUGGGUCAACAUCCAGGAGGAUGGACUUGGAUAUCGGGAAACACUUCAUGCGGGUAUGCCCGUAACCUCGGGUACUAAGGUUGGCAUGAACAUUUGGAGCUGGAAGGAUAAGAGAGAGGAUGUUAGCCAACAGGAAACUCUGCAUGUACAAUAA